CGGGUGUUUACGCUUUGGAGCACGGAAAAAAAAUGAAAUUUUUGAGAAGAGAAAGACAAGGAUAACGACUACGAGGACGAUCCCCAAAUCACAACCAGAAAUACUCUCGCCUUCCUUGGCGAGUGACUCUUUGAGCGCCGUCAGGGACAGGAUAUCACGCAUACAGUCAUGGGAUAUAUAUGUCAGGGUUGGCAGCUCUGGAGUGACCAUCCGUUCUAUACGCAGAAGUUUAUUGAUGUCGAUGUUUCGAGUGACGGAUAUACGUACCAUCCAAGUAGUCAGGGUGAGAUUGAAAUUGACGAAGAUGUUGAUAGCGAGGAUGAAGAUGAGGGUGAGGACGAUGGUGAGGACGGGGAUGAGGAUGAGAAUGAGGAAUAUGUUGACGAGGAUAAGAAUAAUGAUGAGGAUGCUAAUUCUAGCCGAGGGAUCCCUGACAUUCUUAGCUCGUAUCCUUCCGCAGGACAAGGUUAUAAGCGGCGUGACAGCUGACAGGCACAAGCAAAAGCAAAAGCAAAAGCACAUAUGAGAGUAGAAAAAGCAAGGGAAAUAAAUCCCACGGACUUCCCGUCCGCUUCCUUUCCGGCUGUGCCUCUUCUCC